GUCCAGGCCCCCAGAACAGUUGCGCAGGAGGUGCCGGGCAAACUCACCCCAUCCGGCUGCUCAAGUGGCAGCUGCCACCCACCCACUGGCAACCUGCUUGUGGGCCGUGCCCAGAAUCUUCGUGCCUCGUCCACCUGUGGACUCCACAGCCCUGAGCCCUACUGCACUGUCAGGCACCUGCAGGAUGCUGAAAAUUGCUUCUUUUGUGACUCUCGGGACCGGGGUGGCCAUGGCAUUGAGAAUGUGAUCUCCCGGAGUGGACCUGCUGUCAACAAGACCUGGUGGCAAGCUGAGAGUGGUGUUGAGAACGUCACCAUCCAGCUGGACCUAGAGGGUGUCUUCUACUUUACCCACCUCGUCAUGGCUUUCAAGACAUUCCGCCCGGCAGCUCUGAGCCUCGAGCGUUCGGUGGACCAUGGCCGCUCCUGGCACGUGUACCGAUACUUUGCUCACAACUGCUCACACCUCUUUCCGGGGAUCCCUCCCGCCCCUGGCCGCAGAGUCGGGGACCUCGUCUGUGAUCAGCGUUACUCGGACAUUGAGCCUCCCACUGAGGGCAAGGUCAGGCCCAGAGGAAGGGGGUUUGGGCCCUGGAGUGAAGCCAGAGGCUCAGGCUGGCUUCUUCCUCAGGUGAUUUUCCAAGUUCUGGACCCAGCCAUCCAGGUGGAGAACCCAAACGACCCCAAGAUUCAGGAGCUCCUGCGUGUGACUAACCUCCGUGUGAACUUCUCCAGACUGCACACCCUGGGCGACAGGCCCCUGGGAGGCCUCAAGGGACACCCCUUCUACUACUAUGCCCUCUACGAGCUCGUGGCCAGCGGCAGCUGCCUGUGCCAUGGCCACUCCUCUGAGUGCAGGCCUGCGCCCGGGGCGCCAGCCGGCGUGGAAGGCAUGGUGCACGGUCACUGUGUCUGCCGCCAUCACACAGCGGGGGCCCACUGCGAGCGCUGCCAGGACCUGCACCGGGACCGCCCGUGGCACCCAGCGGAGCCUGGGCACCCCCAUGCCUGCCAGGAGUGCCAGUGCCACGGGCACGCCCGCAGCUGCCACUUUGACAUGGCCCUGUAUCUGGCUUCUGGCAACGUGAGCGGAGGCGUGUGUGACACAUGUCAGCACAACACAGCUGGGCGCCGCUGUGAGCUCUGCCGGCCCUUCUUCCACCGAGACCCCCAGGAAGAUCCCCGUUCCCCUCGCUCCUGCAAACCCUGCGACUGUGACCCUGUGGGCGCGCUGGACGGGGGGUUGUGUGACGCCCACACAGAUGAGACCCGCGGCCUCCUCUCUGGGCUGUGUCGCUGCAAAGUCAACGUCUGGGGCCGACGCUGUGACGCCUGCCGGCCGGGUCACUAUGGCCUGAGCCUUCCCCACUCGGAGGGCUGCCAGCCCUGCAGGUGUGACCCCCGGGGCCGGGUCCCCGGCACUCCUGCCUGUGACCCCUCCAGCGGGGCCUGCCACUGCAAACGCUUUGUCUCUGGACGGGACUGCAGCCGUUGCCUGCCCGAGUUCUGGGGGCUGAGCAGCGACUCUCUAGGCUGCAGGCCCUGCGACUGCGACUUUGGGGGUGCCUACAGCAACAGGUGUUCCACAGCGGAGGGCGCCUGUCUGUGCCGUCCCCACCUCCGUGGCCGCCGCUGCCAUGAACUCCAGUCUGGGUACUUCUGCGCCGCCCUUGACCAGGCCUCUGCUGAAGCCGAGCUUGGCCAGAGCCUCCAGCCAGCUGACCCUCGGCUGCCUGGAACCCCCUGGCCUGCUCCUUCCCACUGCAUACAAGCCCCAGGGAGCUCCCCUCGUUGGCUCCGGCCCCGACUUCAGAGACAGCGUGACCCUCGCUGUGCCCUCCACCCUGCCAGGCGAGCCCGCUACAGCCACCAGCCGCCCACAGCCCCAGAGGAGCCUGCGUCCCUGCAUCCGGGAGCUGGCUCCACACCGUGGACUGGCUUAGACUUUGCACGUGUGGCCGAUGGGGCUGGCCUCUCUCUGCUGGCUCCCACGGUGCCUCGUGCCCUGGAGUAUGACAUUGUCCUGCGCUAUGAGACCCAGGCACCCGAAGACUGGCAGGCCUUGGUCAGUGUCCGCGCCCAGUCUCCGCCCAGCAGCACUCGCUGCGCCCACCUGCUGCCCUCGGAGCAUCUCUUCCAGGCCACCCUGACCCACGCACACAGAGCUGUGGUUCUAUCCAGACCUUUCUGCUUUGAGCCGGGAACGCGCUACUCCAUGACCCUGCGCCUGUGGCGGACCAAAGCAGCCCGGAGGCUGGAGGGAGGCACCGUCUUUCUGGACUCGGUUGCACUCCUGCCUCGGGUGAAGGAGCUGCCUGGGCUGAGACCUGUGGACCCUGGGGCCGCAGGGCGCUUGCAGGAGCUCCGCAAGGCGGGCUGCGUGGAGGCAGUGAGGACGGGCCUGCCCGGCGCCGAGCCCGAGGCCUGUGCCCGCCUCGUCUGCAGCAUCUCGGCCCUGCUCCACGGGGGCGGCCUCCCAUGUGAGUGCCACCCCCAGGGCUCGCUGAGUACUGAGUGUGCCCUGCUGGGUGGGCAGUGCCCCUGCCGUCCUAACAUCGGUGGUCGUACCUGUGACCACUGUGUGCCUGGAACAUACGGCUUCGGUCCCACCGGCUGCAGUGAGUGUGGCUGCCAUUCCAAGGGUGCCACCGGUGCCAUCUGUAACCCUGUGAGCGGGCAGUGUACGUGCCGGGUGGGCCUUGCUGGUCGCCGCUGUGACCGCUGCCUCCCCGACCGGUGGGGCUUCCCACGCUGCCAGCCCUGUGUCUGCAAUGGGCACGCGGAGCUGUGCCACCCGCUCACAGGCGUCUGCCAGGCCUGCCAGGGAGCCACGACGGGCCGGCACUGCGAGAGGUGCUUGGACGGCUACUACGGAGACCCCACCCUGGGCUCAGGCCAGCAGUGCCGGCCCUGCCUCUGUCCUGGGCCCCCCGGCUCUGGCCUCUAUCAUGGGACUUCCUGCCACGUGGACAACGCGAGCGGACGUGUCCUGUGCCUCUGUGCGCCUGGCUAUGCAGGGCCCCGCUGUGACCGCUGUUCCUCGGGCUACUUUGGGCGCCCUUGGCCAGAAGGGGACCCCAGAAGGAGUCCGUGCCGGCCCUGCCAGUGUAACAACAACAUCGACCCCCGGGACCCCGCUGCCUGUGACCCACACAGCGGGCGCUGCCAGAGGUGUCUGCACCACAGCCACGGCCCUGGCUGCGCCCACUGCAGGCCUGGCUUCCACGGCAGUGCCUUGCGCCCAGGGGGCUGCCGGCGCUGCAGCUGUGACCCCCGGGGCACCGUCCCUUCGAGGUGCCCACCGGGGGCUGAAGCCUGCUUCUGCAACCAGCUCAGCGGGCAGUGCCCAUGCCGCCCCCACACACUGGGGCGGGACUGUAGCCGCUGCGCCCCCCUCUUCUGGAACCUGGGGGGGCCUCGGGGCUGUGAGCCCUGCAGCUGCCACGUGCACCACUCCCUGCAUCCAGCGUGUCACCCAGUCACGGGCCAGUGCCCCUGCCGGGCAGGAUUUGGGGGCCGCACGUGCUCCCGGUGUCAGGAUGGGUACUGGGGUGACCCAGCUCAGGAGUGCAGAGCUUGUGCCUGCGACCCACAGGGCUCCGUCUCGCCCAGCUGUGAGCCGUACACAGGUGCCUGCCUCUGCAGAGAGGGCAUCUCAGGGCCGAGGUGCCAGGCAUGUGCCCGUGGCUCCAGAGGUGGCUUCCCACACUGCAUGACCUGCCCUGCCUGUUUCACCUCCUGGGACCAACGCCUGGCUUUGCUCCGGCUGCAGCUGGAAGCUGUGGCCCAGGAGGCGGCGGCCCUACACCAGGGGACGCCUGGCUGGGGCGUCAGGGGCCGGGGUGGGCGCCAGCAGGCCCUGGAGGCAGUCCUGCAGCAGGCACAGACGCUGCUGGAGUCUCCUUCACCCACUGUGGGGAUCGCAGAGCAACUUACGGAGUGGAUAGCCGGACUCAGGCAAGGGGCCUGGGGUCCGCGGGGAAGAGGCCUCCAGCUAGGUUCCCAGGGUCAGGGGUUCAGAGGGCCCCAGGUUGGCCUGUCUGCAUCCUGGAUCUGGGUUUGCUUAAGUGAGGAACCGUGGAGGAGAGACAUCUCCAGCCGUGCUGACGCGCCAUCUCCCCACAGGAGGGCACUGGCCCAACUGGCCCAGAUGCUGUGGGCUCCAGGGCAGGUCGAGGCAGAAAGCGAGUCAUGGGCUAGGGGACAGUGUGAACGCCUGGAAGAAUUAUCCCGGGAGCUAGACUCUCUCAAGGGCUUGGCCUGGCCCAAGAGGGCCAUAGGAGUCCAAGAUGCUGAGGCCCAGGCCUCCUCGGCAGCCCUGCUUUCCCAGGAGGCCACGCUCAGAGCCCAGACCGUGGCCUCACUUGGAGGACCAGACAGCGUCCUGGGACAGGCCCGAGAGGCCCGGCGGUGCACAGAGCUGCUUCUGAAGGGGACAGGCCAGCCCACAGGGACAGCUUUGUGGAAGUUGAAACUAAAGGGGCUGGUGGACAGGGUCCAGAUGCUGCACCCACAGCUUCUGAGACUCCUGGUCCAAGCUGGAGUGGAAUGCAGGCGUCAGGGUCGUGGGCUGGCCUGUGUUCCUGUACCCUGUGUUGUCCCCCCUUGCCCUGGGCCCCUGCCCACUGCCCCGUGGGCUCUGGUCGUCUCCCGUAAUGCCUCUUACAGCCUGGACACAGCGAUCGCAGCCUUGGAGGAGCAGCAGCAACUGCUGCAGCAGAUCCAGGCCACAGCAGGCUCCACGGGAAUCCAGGCUAGGGAGAUGUGGCAUCGGGCCAGGAGGCCCUGGGGUGUGGCCUCCACAGCUGCUGUGCAAGCAACGGUGCAUAGGAUCCAGCGUUUCCUCUUGGAGGAAGGUGCAGACACUAUGAGUGUGGAGCUGGUGGUGUGGCGUGGGCUAGCUGUGCCCCUCCCCCAGGGCAGGGCAGCCGGCAUUGCCCUCCUGCUGGAUCAGAUCCAGCAUGCCCUCCCUUCCCUGGACACUGCAGGCCAGGAGCUGCCCAAAGCCAGAGGUGUCCUCCGUCAGGCGCAGCAGACCAGGGAGGGCGCAGCCAGGGCCCAGGACCGAGCGCUGGAUGUCCAGGGGGUGCUGGCUGGGGCAGGAGCCGAUGCAAGGGCUGCAGAGCAAGGGCUACAGGUGGCCAGGCAGACACUCAGAGGCCUGGAGGCCGGCGUGCAGGAGAUGGCAGGACACCUGGCCCGGAUAACAAUGGCGGUGGAUGUGACCCCAGCCCUGGAGCUUCUGUCUGAUGCAGCUGUGGCUCUCAGGACCCACUUGGCCCUGAGCCAGCGGCAGGCCCACGAGGCAGAAGAGCGUUCGGCACGUGCCAUGGGCUUGGCUGAGGGCCUGGGCAAGGAGUUGCAGGUGGCCCGCUUAGGCGUGGCAGAGCUGCAGGAGGGCACAAACAGCCUGAUGGCCACGGUGAAGGACGCCGGAGAGCGGGUGCGGCGGACGCGAGCUGAGGCCCAAGAGCUGCUGAGGCAGGUGCAGAGCAGCUGGAGCCGUCUGGAGGGGCUGGAGCGCCGCCUGGUGCAGAACGAGCAGACGCUGGGCGAGAAGGCGGCCACGCUCUGGGCCCUGGAGAAGCGGGCAGCGGAGCUGCUUGAGCACCUGCAGCUGUGGGCCAGCGCCUAUGCCACCUGCUGACCGAUGUCUGGGAGGCCGCCACGAGGGGCUCCUCGAUGGCCUGGGUGACUCAGCGACCUCAGAGUGACCCAGGAACCUCCUGACUUUGAGAGACCACAGACCCCACUGAGUGCCUGCAAACCCUGAAUGACCCUCAAGUGACCCUAUGAUGUCGUCCAGUUGCCCUCUGACCUUGAGAAAUUAGAUCAUGAAAAGUUCCCGGAGGCCAUGCAGUACCCUAGACACUGAAGAGAUCCUGGUCUCUGAGAGAUGUGAAAUUCUGAGUCCUUUAGUGCCUUUAGUAUCUCCGAGCCCCUCAGGUCAACUACAUGACCCCCAGGGUGACCAGAGACCCCCUACUCCAGAUAACCAGUGACCCUGUAAGUCCAACAAAUUGACCUCCUGCCCCGACUCUUGGGAAGCCUAGUGAUUGCCCUGAAGACCCCCAGCUUUGCUCCCUGGGCCCGCGACUGCAGGUACUCUCCACCCGGCCCCUCGGAGCCAGGCCGACCCAGCCCUCCAACCCUCGGAGCUGCGGUCCCAGCCUCAGUCCCUGGAGCCUGGGUGGGGCAAGAGCGCCGGCAGCAGCGCGCAUUCCUGCCGGGACUCCGGAACUCCCGGCAGGCCAGAAGGUCCGGAGCGGAUGAAGAGCCACGAGAUCUGGAUGGGCUCCCUGCUUCUCCUUGGGUCUGUUGUCAGCCACCCAGCACCUGUUUUCACACCGAGGCUGUACUUCUCGUGCCUCCUUGCUUCGGCAACUGGUGGAGACGGAAACCCCUGGCACUGUGCCUCGGGCAGGGGGUGGCCUUUCUCCGUCUCUCCCCGUGUCCUCAUCGUCUCCUGUCCCUCUGGAUGGUGUCCUAAAGCUUUCUGCAUCCCUGAAGGGGGGGCUCGACAGCCCCCCUCCCCGCACCGCCCUGGGUCUGAACGCCUGGUUGCUUUUGACUGCCACAGCACCCAUGACCGUUGGGGCAAAGGCUAGGUUCCACGGGCCAUUGAAAUCUCAAAGAUCAGAUUCCUAGUUUUGGCUUAUGCCAUGGCCCCUACUUGGUGCACCCCCUAACUAUGGUAGCCUAAAGCCCCAAACCCACCACCUUUCCCUUGCUCUGCAGAGGUCUGGGCAUCGGGGCACAAUAAAGAUUUGAGGCUGAGCUGACCUGGAUCUGGUUUCUAGACUGAGGGUCUUUUUCAGAGGGGGGAGGGGACCUCUGCACAAUGUUGCAUUCCUGCCUGC